AUGUUUGUGUAUUUCCUGCUGUUAGCGCUGGCAAGAGCCGAUUUCUUCCAGAACUUCUUUGGCCACCAGCGACAAGCGCCAGAACAAUUCGACUACCAAAACAAACAGCUCAACGCAGACUGUGCCAACUAUCUGUGUCCCGAGACUUUUGCGUGCGUGGCGAAUCCGGUGGACUGUCCGUGUCCGUUCCCCGACUCGCAACAGAAGUGCGUGUUGGACAAGAACAACUACAUUUGCAUAGCCAAGAUGGACAAGAAAGAGUUGGGCGAUUUUAAAGGCGAAAUUAGAGACUGCAAAUGGGUCGAGAAACACUGGAAACAGUAG